UAAUUUGUUAAAAGUUGCGUCAAGAUUGUAAUUAGUGAUUUAAAUCCGUCACAAUACAAUAAUUUGUGAGGAAUUUAAAUACCUCAAUUCAAAGAUUAUAAUACAUCGCAGCAAGUUUAUUCAAUCAAAAAUAACUAAAAUAAAAAUAUUCAAGUUUGAAAAGAAAAAUUUGAAUACAACUCUAGAUUAGAAUUAAAUUUUUACUUUAGAAAUUGUUGAAGAGGAUGGGAAAAUCACAGAUAUUGACUUUUUGCCAGAGACAAAACCAAACUUGUUUAUCAUUGUAAAUCACACGAAGAAGCAUUGCAUUGUAUCAAAAAAUAUGAAUUAAGAACAACAACACGAUUUGUGGUGUAUUAUGCUAAUAAAAAUUUUGGUAACACAGAUACAAUUACAACGAAUCAUAGUGUACUUUGGGAAGAUUCUGCUAUUCCUUAUUCAGGAAUACCUUAUAUUGUUAUUUCAAAUAAAGUUUUAGAUUGUCACCAUGGGUUUGACAGAAAUAUUUCAAAAAAAAAUGAUUACAAAAAAAAUAAAAAAAGACAUGAUGUAACUAAAAAUAUCUUUAAUUUUUGCUACAACUUUAUUCUUGAGUUUUGAUUUAUAUCAUUCUUUUAUUCUUAACACUUUAAAAUAUAAUUUUAUAAGUAAAAUCUCUGGAUUUAAAAUUUAAUUGUAGAUAGAUGAUCAUUGCUUUCAAAAAAACUAUUUAAUUUUACAAGAUAGUAAAAAGUUUGUGUGUCCUGCCAAAAUAGCUAUGAAGGAAAUAAUUCACUUUCCUGAUUUUAAGAUAUCAGAAAAAACUGAGUGGCGCAAAAAAAAACGCAUCAAAACUUUUGAGACAAAAAAUAAAAACUUCACCAUUAAAUGAAAUCCAACAUACAAGAACAAUUGUAGUUUCCAUUGAUGAUUUGUCCUGUCAUGAUAAACAUCCUGUUGGACAGGCUGACUUGAUUUCUCAAAUGAUUGAUCCUCAAAUUUCUAAAAAAAUAGAAGAAUAUGUUAAAGAAGGAAUAUGUAACAUUAGAGAAAUGAAACGUCUUCUUUGACUAUUUGUUAAGGAUAUAUUUGAAAAAGAAAAUCUUCCUCCUCCAAAUAAUAGAAGAUUUUAUCCAUGUGUUAAUACUAUAAGAUCACAUAUAGUUAAAAUGAAGCAAAAGUUGAGAUAUUCCAUGAUUGAUCAAGAAUGUCUUUUGAAAAAGUGUCAUGAAUGGAAAAAAAUUGAUCCACAUAUUAAAGUGUUAAUUCGACCAAAAUGUGAAGUUACAGACAAUGAAAUUUGUAAAAACAAUUCUACAUUUUUAUUUGUUUAUCAAUCACAGUGGCAACAAGACCUUCUUUUGCGAUACGGAAAUGAGAUCAUUCUUCUUGAUGCUACUUACAGAACUACAAGAUAUGCUCUUCCAUUAUUCUUUUUAACAGUAAAGACUAACAUAGAUUACCAAAUAGUAGCCACUUUUGUCACUGAAAAUGAAACAAAAAAAGCUAUUACUGAAGCACUAAAUGUUAUAAAGAGUUGGAAUGCAUUGUUUCAGCCUUCGUUUUGUAUGACAGAUUAUUGCAACGAAGAAAUCGAGUCAUUAGAAACUGUUUUUCCAGGUUGUCGUGUCAUUAUAUGCGAUUUCCACAGAGAGCAGGCCUGGGAUCGAUGGCUUUCCAAAUUAACAAAUGGGUGUUCUGAUUAUAAAGGUAACAUAAUAUCGAUGUUACGACGUGUUGCAAGAGCGCAAAAUCAGGAUGAGGAAGAUGCAGCUAUUGAGAAGCUGCAGUCCUCCAAUUUUUGGUUCGAUGACAAGUUUCAUAAAUUUAAGAAGUACAUAACAAAUUAUUGGUUGUGCAAAAAGAAAAAUGGAUAUGGGCCUAUCGUCAGGAUCGUUUAUUAGUUAAUCUAAAUACCAACAAUGGUCUUGAAAGACAAAAUGAAUCUUUUAAGUAUUCUUAUCUUCAACGCCACAAAAACUCAUCUCUUACUGGAAUGCUAACCUUAUUAAUUGAAGAGUUUUUUGCUGAUAAAUUUGAACAGUAAGUAUAUACUUUUCUAAU